GGGUUGGCGACAGCCCGUUCCUGGAUCGCCGCCGACAAUGGCUUCCUCUCCUGAAUCUCUAUCCCGGGGCGAAAAUGGCUACCGCUAUGAUACCAUCGCCGCUGCGAAUCCCUCUCAAACCGAACCGCCCUCGCCGUCACCGUCGCCUCCUCCCCUAGCAAAGCCGACGGUCCGACUCCUAGCCCCCGAUCUUCAGCGCGGCCUGCUGAUGGCCCUCAUGGCCAUGGAUCACGUCGCUCUCGGUCUGAAUACAUGGCAGCAUGGAACGAACAUCGAUGGCGAGAUGGAUGGUCUAAUUGUUCGCCGUUGGAACUUUACCACCGCUUACAUCGUUCGCACAUUGACGCAUUUCUGUGCUCCCGGCUUCACAUUCUUGCUCGGCAUGGGCGUCGUCCUGCUCUCUCAGUCUCGCACACGGCUCGGAUGGUCGGCGGGCAGAUUGAUGCAGUACUACGCCAUUAGAGGCCUCGUUCUGACGGCUGUGACGACGGUGAUUGGAUGGUUAGCGUCAGGGGGGCGGAUGUGGUUCAUGAAUGUCGUGCUGUUCUCGCUGGCAGUCGACUAUGUCCUAGCGGGAAUGAUGUGGUUGCUCAUGGAUCGGACGGAGAAACGGCUUGCCGAGGUCUUGGAGAGAGUGCUUCUGAUGCUGGAUAAACGUUCGGGGGCUGUAUAUGUUGCUGGGGCUGCGGGUGAUGAGGAUGAAGAAGGGGGUGUUAGCCAGCCGUUGCUGCUCGGACGAAGGCAUGCUGCCAGAGAAAGCGAGAGGGCUGCUACAGCUGCAUCGUUGUCGUGGCAUAUUCACAAUGCGGCGCUUGUCAUCCUCAGCGUCAUCACCAUCUGGUGGAACAUCUGGCUCUCCGAAGACCGCGGCCAUUGCAGCCUUGAAACGGAGGGAGACGGUUCGGCUUCGGCCCAGUUUGUCCCGACUUCGAAGCAUCCCUUACUCGCCAUCUGGUUCUGGUAUGUCCAGAGCGAACAUGUCAUGUCCGGCUUCCCCCCUAUGGCGUGGCUGUCCUUUGCCAUUCUCGGCCUCCUCUACGGCCGCAUCCUCACUGCUCGAAAGUGGACGACGUCUGCCAUUGCCAUUGGCCAUGCCUCUGCAGGCGCCAUCUUUUCCAUCCUCUUCGUCCUCACCAGGCUCUUGCGCGUGGGCAAUCUCUCCGAGGACUGUCUCCAUACUCCCGCGCAGGACGGUCAGGGUUCUAGCGAGAACCCCUAUCUUGCCUCACCAGCGUCGUUCUUCUACAUCAUCAAGUACCCCCCUGAUGUUGCCUUCUGGGCCUUUACCAUGGCGGGCAACUUGUUCAUGCUCGGAGGAUUUACUGCGAUCCCCGCACACAUUGCGAAGCGCUGUGGGAUGCUUUUGUCUUUUGGCACGUCGGCGCUCUUUUUCUAUGUGGUUCACCUGAACAUUGUCAUGUCUCCUCUUGGAACACUCAUCAAGGAGGCGUUUGGCAGCGAGGCUGGACAUGAAGACCCGAUGCACCCGGGGAGCACCAAGGGCAUCACCAACUUGUUUGGUUAUUUUGCGCUUUGGUUUUCUCUGCUACUCAUCAUGUGGCCGGCGUGUUACUAUUACAGUCGUUUCAAGAGCACGAGACAUGCAGACUCUUUGUGGAGGUUCUUUUAA